AUGGAUGUAGUCUCUUCGGCUCCAGAGGCAGAGGCCCAUACGCUCCCUCACAUUGCCAUCUUCCCGUUCCUUGCCAAAGGCCACACCAUCCCGCUCAUCCACCUCGCCCACUACCUCCACCGCCACGGCCUCGCGACCGUCACCUUCUUUACCACCGCCGGCAACGCUGGCUUCGUCCGGGAGGGGCUGUCCGGUGCGGACGCGGCCGUCGUCGAGCUCACCUUCCCGACCGACGUCGCGGGCAUCCCUCCGGGCGUCGAGAGCGCCGAGGGACUCACGUCCCUGGCCUCCUUCGCCGUCUUCGCCCAUGCCACGUCCCUGCUCCAGCCACAGCUCGACGCCUCCCUCGCCGAGAUGCAGCCGCCCGCGAGCCUGCUCGUCACCGACCCAUUCAUGCACUGGACGAAAGCGCCGGCGGCGAGGCUCGGCAUCCCGAAGGUGUCAUUCUUCGGCAUCUCGGCCUUCGCGCAAGUCAUGCGGGAGGUGCGAGUGCGCCACGACCCGUGCGCCACGCUGCGGCCCGACGACGUCGACGCCGAUGGCCACCCGGCCACCUUCACGGUGCCCGAGUUCCCGCACAUCAAGCUCACCUUCGAAGACUUCAUGGCGCCCUUCGGCGACCCUGCGUCCAUAGCGCCCAUGUUGGAGCUCGACAGUAAGCUGGGCAAGGCCAUAGAGGAAAGUCAAGGCCUCAUCAUCAACACCUUCCAUGGCCUAGAGGCUCCCUACCUUGAUUUCUGGAAUCAGCAUGUCGGCCCCAAGGCCUGGCCCAUCGGGCCCCUCUGCCUAGCCCAACCAACAUCAGCUAGGCCCAAAGCCCGGCCCUCUUGGAUGGAGUGGCUUGACGACAAGGCGGCGGCUGGUAGAACCGUCCUGUACAUCGCUCUUGGGACACUAGCUGCAAUCCCAGAAUCACAGUUGAAGGAGGUCGCAAAUGGGCUGGAGUGGGCUGAGGUGGACUUUAUAUGGGCUAUUAGGCCCGAGAACAUUGACCUCGGUCCGGGUUUUGAAGAGCAUACAAAGGACAGAGGUUUGGUGGUGAGGGAGUGGGUGGAUCAGUUGGAGAUUCUAAACCAUAGCAGCGUACAAGGGUUCUUGAGCCAUUGUGGGUGGAACUCGGUACUCGAGAGUGUGGUAGCUGGUGUGCCGUUAGCGGUUUGGCCUAUGCAUGCUGAUCAACCUUUCAAUUCAAGGUUCUUAGUCGAUGAGCUAAAGAUCGCUGUAAGGGUCCAUACAAGUGAUAGGACAAUUAGAGGUUUGGUCACAAGCAAGGAGAUUUCGAAAGUGGUGAGGGCUCUCAUACUAGGCGAGGAGGGGGUGGAGGCAGCGAAGAGGGUGGUAGAGCUGUCAGCUAGUGCUAAGGAGGCUAUGGUAGAAGGAGAACAAUCAUGGAAAUCUUUCAAAGAGAUGAUAAAUGAGUUCAGCCUGAUGAAGCUGAACGGGAAUGAAGAUGUAAGCCAGGAGGAGAAAGUGGAUGCUUAA